CUAAAUGUAAAACUUUGCCCAGGGCACAUGAAAAACUAAUUACGACUUUGAUAAAUGUAUAAAUGUUACUUAUAACAUAUUUUUCAAUAAUAUUUAGCACACUAUUACAAUAAUGUUUGUGUGUGUGUGUGUGUGUGUGUGUGUAUGUCAGUGAUUUGAUAAUGCAAACAGUGAUCUGCGCACCAAGAAGCUGGAAGAAAUAUCAAUUUCAGUAAGAAAGAAGAUUCAACGAAGGAAGCAUGUUGAACAAUUAUAUUUGUUUAAACAUAGUGCACAUGUGAUUUUUGGAAUAAACGAAUGUUAUUUGGUUUGAAGUUUAAUUUAAAGGAAUCAGUUAUCAGUUUUUCAUGGAUUCGAACUUAUUGGCCGCUAUAAUUAAUCGAUCUACUAUUUGCACAACUUUUGAUGCCUACUUGAGAGGAACGAGAUUUGAAGAUCAGCCUUACAGAAGUAGACGAUAUUGCAAGUGGAAGGUCAUUGUAGAUAAUACGGGUCAAAGAUGGCUUGCUCGCUUGAUUUCUUUGCUGGAUGUUUGGGAGGAUGUGCCGGUAUUGUGGUGGGAUAUCCUUUGGAUACAGUCAAAGUCCAUAUGCAAACUCAGGACUGUCGUAAUCCAAAAUAUCGGGGUACCUGGGAUUGUUUACGCACCAUAUUCGCGAAAGAAUCGGUGAGUGGUCUUUAUAAAGGCAUGACUUCGCCAAUCGCAGGUGUUGCUGUAGUAAACGCGAUUGUCUUUGGCGUUUACGGGUACACUCAACGGAAUUUGUCUGAACCUGAUCGAUUCUCAUCGUAUUUCCUGGCUGGUGCAUCUGCCGGGCUUGCUCAAACUCCUGUCUCAAGUCCAAUAGAAUUAGCAAAAACGCGCCUGCAGUUACAGUCUACAGGUCAAGGUAACAUUCAAGGACCGAUGCAGUGCUUAAGGAACAUCCACAGGCAGGAAGGUUAUCGUGGCGUUUUUAAGGGUCUAGGUAUUACAUUCCUCAGGGAAGCACCGAGUUACGGUGUGUACUUCGUGACCUACGAGAUGUUAACCAAGACGUCUUCAAAGCAACCGAUUUCGACACUUCACAUGCUGCUAGCUGGGGGACUCGCUGGUACGGCCUCAUGGGUGAUCUCUUAUCCUAUUGAUGUCAUCAAGUCGCGCAUACAAGCGGAAAAUGGCAAUCGUUACUCAGGCGCUUUGGAUUGUCUCAAGAAAUCUAUUCGUAGUGAAGGAUAUAGUUGCUUAUAUCGAGGUUUAAAUUCGACGAUUCUUCGAGCAUUUCCGACAAACGCGGCGACUUUUGCUGUAGUCACAUGGACGAUCCGAUUGUUCGGUGAGCAAACGAAUGAAGCACCGAAGGAGGCUGUCAUGUUGAAAACAACGAUGCAAACGAAAAAUCGCACGGCGAAAGGAUAUGAAUCCUUUGUCAGGAAGUGGAACGCGUUCUUCGAGGGUAUUUCGAGAAGUAACGGUUUUGCUACUCCGUCAUAUUCUGUCGAAUAUAUGUUGCCUAUUAGCAGGCUGGUACCAAAUAACAACGCCUGCCUGGUCCACAACUGUAGACGGUCGGAUUGCAACCACAACGCGCUAAAGCAAAAGAAUACGUGCGAGGAUUGGGAGGAGAAAGAAAAGAAAUCGAGAAACAACAAGGAAAAGGAUGAACAUGUGGAUGAAAAAGAUUGUGGCAACAUUAAAAUAGACACAUGUACUUGUAAUCUGUCUGUAGCCAUAGACACCUGUACUUGUAAUCUACAGCACGUACUUUGUGUCUCAAAUUUGAAUAAUACUUGACGUCACGCAUGACAUAGGUUUUAGCAUGUGAUGUAUUUUUAGUGCAAUUAUGGUGUAAAAAGGGAACACAAUAUUUAUAGAUUUCUUUUCUGAUAAUUAAUUUAAUUAAUGAAAAAUUCAUAUACAUAUAUAUAUCUCACAAGCAACGCCGCACAAAACGUUAAUAGAUAUGAAGUUGGGUCAAAGUUACAAAUUUACUAGAAAAAACGUAUAUAUCUUCAAUUCAACAAUUGAAGUAAUUGAGUAAGCAGUGAAAAAUAAUUAUAGAUAUUAAUGUGUUUAUAUUAUAUAUUUGAUUUAUUGAGCGUAUAAUGAAAUUUAUAAUGGAAAA